AGGUGGAGCAGGGUCCAGUCUGCGCAUGCGCGCUCGCAUCCGUCCCCCCUCCCUCCCCACCGGCACCACGUGGGCGCAGCCCGCCACGUGCCCGACACGAGGCCGCCCGGAGCGGAGCCGCCAAUGAGCGCCGGCGUCGCGGAGCGGGAGCCGUUCGCCGGGCGGCGGCCGCCCAAUCGGCGGCGGGCUCUCCGAGCCCGGGGGAGACGCCGCUUCCCAUUGGCCGGCGGGCGCGCGGCGGGCCGUUGCUGAUUGGGGCGGGGGCGGAGGCGACCCUCCCGCCGGGAACAAAACCAGCGGCAGGGCGGCGGUGGGGGCCCGGAGCCGGAGCCCGACCGGAGCCAGGGGCGGGCGGAGGAGGAGAGGAGACAGCGCGGCCUCGCGGCACGAUGCUGAGCGAAGCGCAGAGCGCGGCCGACGGCGCCGCCGCUGCCACCACCGAGCCACCCGCAGCCGCGGCCCCCGCGCCAACGGCCGCCCCAACGGCCGCGCCGCGAGCCACCGCGGCCAAGCGCGUGCUGGCCACCCAGGUGCUGGGCACCGUCAAGUGGUUCAACGUCCGCAACGGCUACGGCUUCAUCAACAGGAACGACACCAAGGAAGACGUCUUCGUGCACCAGACGGCCAUCAAGAGGAACAACCCGCGCAAGUUCCUGCGCAGCGUCGGCGACGGCGAGACGGUGGAGUUCGACGUGGUGGAGGGCGAGAAGGGCGCCGAAGCCGCCAACGUCACGGGCCCCGGCGGCGCCCCGGUCAAGGGCAGCCGCUACGCUCCCAACCGCCGCCGCUUCCGCCGCUUCAUCCCGCGGCCCCGGCAGCCGCCCGCGGACGCCGGGCGGCCCGAGGGGGCCCCCGAAGCCGAGGCGCCCCGAGACGCCGCCGCCGCCGCCCCCCAGGCCCGGCCCCCCCCUCCGCCCCGCCGCCGCCGCCCGCCCCCCUUCUUCUUCCGCCGGCGAUUCCUCCGGGGACCCCGGCCCCAAAACCAGCAGGACGCGCAGCCCGCCGAGGGUGUUGACGGGACCGAAGCGAAACCGGCCGCGCAGCCCCAAGGAGACCAGCAGCCGGUCCAGGCCGCCGAGCGAGCGCCAGUCCCUCGCUUCCGGCCCCGCUACCGCCGGCCUUUCCGUCCCCGGCCGCCCCAGCAACCGGCCACGGAGGGAGGCGACGGCGAAACCCGAGCGGUGCCGGUGCCGGCCGACGGCGUCCGCCCCGAGCCCCAGCGCCAGCGCAACCGGCCCUACUUCCAGCGGCGCCGGCAGCAGGCCGGCACCCCCCGGCCGCCCACCGCCGAGCCCACCGCCCCCAAGGAGCCGCCGGCCCCCAGCUCCGCGGCAGCCGGCGGUGACACCCCGGCCUCCUCCGGGGCUCCGGGUCCAGAGCCGGCGCUGGACGCGGGCAAAGCCGCCAUCACCCCCGAGCCUGGCGCCCCGCCGGCCCCCGAGCACCAGCUCCUCGAGACCUCGGUGCCUGAACCCGGAGGCGAGCCGGCACCGGUGCUGCUGGCGUAGAGCCGCGGCGCUCGCCGGAGGGACACCGAGAGCCGUGACCGGGUGUCCCGCCGCCUCCACCCGUCCCGACGCCCCUUUGCUCUGCACGGCGGCCGCCAGCGGGGGAUCUUGGCCCAAAACCGGAUGAUCUUUGUUUAAAAAAGGGAAAGAAAAAAAAAAAAAAAACCCCGUUUUCCCCCCCCCCGAAGUCCCCGUCCAGAGAGAAAACUGGUUGUUGAAAGGUA